AUGACUGUGUCCUCCGUCCAACCCAGAAGCACAAACCAUGCUGCUCGUCUGGGAGGAAAACAAAGCUUGAGACCCAAGAUGAAGGAAGAGAAGGGUGCUCCAUUGAAAAACAAAAUAAUUUACCAGAUUUUUUUGCUUGUGUGUUUUGGUUUCUGCAAUUCAGGUGGAGUGUUGGCAGUGAAUAUGACUAUCCCAAAUACUCUCAUUAGAGGUAAAUUAGGAGGGGAGGCCCUUCUGUCAGUCCGCUAUGAUAGUUUCAGCUUAGACCUGCCAGUUAUCAAGUGGCUACUUAAAAGGGAAAAAUCUGUCACGGUUGUCCAGUCGAUUGGAACGGACAUCAUUGGGACGCUGAGGCCCGAGUACCGGGAUCGUAUCCUGGUAUUUGGGAAUGGGACUCUGCUUCUCCACAACCUCAGAUUUGCUGAUGAUGGAACAUAUGACGUAGAGAUCUCCAUCACAGAUGAUACCUUUCCAGGAGAGGGCAGCAUCACACUCACUGUGGAUGAAUCUAUAUCCAGGCCUUAUAUCAACAUGGAGUCUUCAUCAUUACUGGAGCUUAGCGAAAAUGUUGUCCUCAACUGCUCUCAUGACAAUGGAACCAGGACUACAUACAGGUGGUUCAAAGGUGGAAAACUCCUGACCAAUGAGACAAGGUUCGUGUUUUCUCCUGAUCAGAAGCUUUUGACCAUCAAGCGGGUGUUGAUGGCAGAUGAUGAUGUCUACAGCUGCACAGUGGAGAAUCCGGUGGGAAAUAUGACAAGUCUGCCAAUUAGACUGACUGUAUACAAAAGAAGUUCCCUUUAUAUCAUCCUUUCUACUGGAGGCAUCUUUCUUUUGAUCACCUUGGUGACUAUAUGUGCCUGCUGGACACCUUCUAAAAAACCAAGACAGCCCCCUAGAAAGCACCUCUCCAGGUUUUAUAACCGCUCUCACCAAACACCAAUCAAUCACACAGAUUGUGUGCUUCCAAAAAUGCCACAGCACAAUGGGAUAAAUGCAGUAACUUCACUUUAUAUCCUCCAGCAAAAGGAUCCUUCCACAGAUGACUCCUCCAGCAACAGUAUUGGAUCUCCAUCUGAACUUGACAACCCACCAUGCUACACCACUUCCCCCACAUAUACUGAUCCUAUUACUCUUACUGCUGGUUCCCCUGCUCACAUCUUCCGUAAGCAUACCUGAUGGGUCAUCGGUUUAAACAGUCCACAGUACAACAAACAGAAGGUUACAUGCUCUAUAUUCUACUGCUCCGAAAUGCAAAGUACUCUAGACAUCGUGGAGAGUGUCGUAAAAUGAAGAAAAUGCUGUGAAUUAAACACUGUAACUUAAAUAACAGUUGUUUUAAAGUUUAGUAGCACAGCCUGGAAUGAAAUAUGAGGACAGUUUGACAUUAGAGUCAAAAUGUUUCAGUUUUUAUGAUUUACAUUUUUUAUUUGGUUUGUUACUCAACACCAUUGCAGUUUGUUACAUGUCAAUUCCAGACAAUUCCAGACAUAUAACUGACUUGUUAUCUCUCUGUUAUGUCAAAUUUUUUGUAUACAUAAAAAUACAGAUUACUUUGUGAAAUAAUGUAAAUUAGUAUUUUAGUUCUACUAGAUUGCUUAAUUUAUGUGUAUACAGUGACAAAACCAUGUUGGGGUAGGAUAGGGGGCCAUGGUAUUUGAAUUUUAUACAUACUUUAAUAAAAAUGUAGAAUUAUCA